AGGUACCAUCAUGCUCCACGCCUCCACCGACUGAACCACCACCGCAAUCUGUUCCCGAAGAAGGCAUAGCUCUCAGUACCGUUUUUUUAUUCAUCUUGAAGAGACAUCUAAGCCAAGCAACCCACGCAUCCCCACUGCUCGGCGCCAAGACAAUCCGCCACCAGACCGCCUUGCCUCCGCCGGUCCGCCCCUGUCUUCUCCGAUAUUACAAUAUUGGAGCUUGAAGCCCUAACCAGCUAACAGGUGCAUAAGCAGCUUGUUUUGGUACACACUGUUAUUCACUAUGUCAGUUGUUAAACCUUUGAAGAAACUAGUAUCUUGUGUUAUCCUUGAUUUGGAUGGUACACUUAUUAACACAGAUGGCAUUGUGACUGAUAUUCUAAAAGUGUUCCUCGUUAACUAUGGAAAGCAAUGGGAUGGAAGAGAAGCCCACAAAAUAGUGGGGAAGACACCUGUGGAGGCUGCAGCUAUGGUUGUUGAAGAUUAUGAUAUUCCCGUAACUAAAGAAGAAUUUCUUUCACAAAUUACUCCAAUGUUUUCGGAGCGGUGGUCCAAUAUUAAGGCUCUUCCUGGUGCCAAUCGAUUGAUUAAUCAUUUCAAGAGCCAUGGUGUGCUAAUGGCUUUGGCUUCCAAUUCUCCAAAGUCAAACAUAGAGAAAAAAAUUUCUUACCAUAAAGGCUGGAGGGAUUCCUUUUCUGCCAUUGUGGGAGGUGAUGAAGUUACAGCUGGAAAACCAAAUCCUGAAAUUUUUCUUGAAGCGGCUAAAAGACUUGGUGUACAUCCAUCCAGUUGCCUUGUCAUCGAGGAUUCAUUACCCGGUGUUACUGCAGGUAAGGCUGCUGAAAUGGAUGUGGUUGCCGUACCAUCUCUCCCUAAACAGUCCCAUUUAUGCAGUUCAGCUGAUGAGGUUAUCAAUUCACUUCUUGAUUUGCACCCAGAAAAGUGGGGCCUGCCUGCAUUUCAAGAUUGGGUAGAAGGAACUUUGCCUAUAGAGACUUGGCAUAUAGGUGGUCCUGUCACUAGGGGAUUUGGGCGUGGCUCCAAGGUGCUGGGGAUCCCAACAGCCAAUUUAUCAACCGACGGUUACUCAGAUGUGCUAUCAGAACAUCCAUCAGGUGUGUAUUUUGGGUGGGCUGCUUUAUCUACUCGUGGUAUAUAUAAAAUGGUCAUGAGUAUUGGCUGGAACCCAUACUUCAAUAACACCGAGAAGACCAUUGAGCCAUGGCUGCUACAUGACUUCAAUGAGGACUUCUACGGUGAAGAAUUGCACCUUGUCAUUGUCGGCUAUAUACGCCCUGAGGCAAACUUUCCAUCGCUUGAGAGCUUGAUUGCAAAGAUUCAUGAAGAUAGAAGAAUUGCAGAGAAAGCCCUUGAGCUUCCUAUAUACUCAAAGCACAAAGGCGAUCCCUACAUGUACAAUUUAUGAUUUACAGUUAGUUGGGGGGUCAUUUUUACCGUUUCAUUGUUUUGAACCGUGAUGGUUCGGUGAUUGCAUGACACAUACACCCAUAAUGAAAACACAACAAACACAAGCUAAAACGAUAUCACAUGCACAUGCCCGUUCAAACCAUAAUUCACACAUGAUCCUAUGCCGCAAGCCCUGAGGUUGUGGUCUAGCUGUUGUAUUUUGUUGACCGGGAGAAGUGUUGUAAUCAGAGAGACACUUGUGUGAUAAAUUCACUUGUGUAAUCAGGAGGUUUGCACAUAAAGUUAUUAGGAAAAAUUGCAACAAUUUAGUGAUUAGAAAUGCAUUUUGAGUUUGUGUGAGUUUCGUGUUUGGCUUUUCAACGAUCUAGUGAAGGGCUAU